AUUUCUUCCGUUUUAGGGUUCCCGAAGAGGCAAGCAUUGGAUAUUUCAUAUCUCUCGGCCUCAGCUCCCGCCUGCAUGAGAGCUUCUUCAUCUUCCAUUUUCUAGGGCUUCUCUUCCAAUCACUGCAUUUUUCUAGGGAAUUUCUUCGACAAGCUUGAAAAGGCAUGGCAACAUCAGAAGGCGAGGGGACACCUUCUCCUACCACUGCCUCUUGUGAAACAGAGGCUGCAGAGACCAAUGCCAAUGGUGAACCAGCUCCAUCUGAACCUGCAAAUGAUGCCGAUGGUGAACCAGAUGCAUCCGAACCGAUGAAUGAUGCUGAUGCUGAACCAGUGUCAUCUGAACUGGUGAAUGGUGCUAAUGCUGAACCAGCUGCAUCUGAACUGGUGAAUGGUGCUAAUGCUGAACCACCUGCAUCUGAAGCGGUGGAGAUUGCUAAGGAAGCAUCUCUUAUUGUUUCUGGUGGUGAGGAAAAAGUGGAGGAGAAGAUUGAAGAGGUGCAAAAUGAAUUGAAAGUACGGAGUACUCCGGUUGGGAGGGAAAACAAGAAAAAGAGGAUACAGAAGAACAAAACACCUAGUGAUGCUGGGAAGGAAACGGUUUCUGGUGGUGAGGAGAAAUUAGAGAAUAUUUCGAAUGAGAAGGCCAACAAGAAGAGGAAGAGAAUAAAGAAGGUUGCAAGUACAAAGCCUGGUAAUGCUGGUAAGGAAAAGGCUCAAGAGCAGAAGAAGGAAGAUAAGAAAGUGGUACAAAAUGAUGUGAAAGUAGUGACUACCCCGAGCGAGAAGGUUGACAGGAAGAGAAAGAGGGGAAGGGUAAACAAGAAUAAAACCCCAGGUGAUGCCAGCAAGGAAAAGGUAUUGGGUGAUGAUGAACAGACGAAGAAGGACAAGGUGCAAAAUGAUGCGAAAAUAAUUACUACUCCAAAUGAGAAGGCCAACAAGAAGCGGAAGAAGAGGAAGAAGAAUACAGGGCUGGGAGAUUCUGGUGAUGCAGCUGCUAAGGAUGCUGAUAAGCCAGAAUCCUCAGCAGCUGGGAAGGAUUCUAAGAGGGCCGAGAGUAUGGGGUUGAUAUUCAUGUGCAGUUCAAAAACUAAGCAGGAUUGCUACCGCUACAAGGUUCUUGGGCUUCCUGCAAGUAAGAAGGAUAUAGUUGCAAAGGCUUAUGAAGGUAUGAGGCUCUUUUUGUUUGACAUCGAUUUGAAGCUGUUAUAUGGGAUCUACAAAGCUGCAGGACCAGGGGGUUAUAAUAUUGAACCCAAGGCUUUCAAGUCGGCUUUCCCCUCUCAGGUUCGAUUCAGCAUAUUGGAGGAUUGCUUGCCUUUGCCCGAGGAGAAGUUCAAAGCUGCAAUCAAAGACAACUACUAUGGGAAGAACAAGUUCAAUUGUAAACUGACUCCUGAGCAGGUGAAGGCAUUGUGUAAGCUGUUCCGGGCUACGAUCAAGACCCCCUCAAAGUCGAAGCGAAGUGGCAGAGUUGCAAAGCCUGAGUCCCCCAUCCUUGCAGAUCGGGACAGAAAGAGGAGUCGGAUUGGUGGCAAAACAAGGCGCCCCUUGUUGGGUGGGGACCGCAGAUACCUCAGGCGCCCUGAUGUGUACGAAAGAGAUGAGUAUGCAUCAUAUGCAUCAUCUCGGCACCCUCCAUAUGCACCAGCAGCGCUCCCACCACCUUCCUUGCCUCCACUGUCAUAUGCACCAGCACCGCAUCCGCCACCUUCAGUGCAUCAACCAUCGUAUGCAUCGAUGCUUCCUCCUCCCUUCCCCCCUCCAUCAUAUGCCUAUGAACGGCCAUUGGAUGCAGAUUAUUACAGGAGGGACCCACUACCAGAGCUUCAUGACCGCCGGCCUCUGUACCCGGAGCUGAGGCCACGACCUGAGCCUGAAUACCCUGAUCCCUAUAGCCUGUACCGGGAACCUCCACCCUCCCGCGAUCCUCUCUUUCAUGCAGGCCUACCACCCGGCUAUCAUCCUUCGUACCGCUAUUGAAACAUAAGAUUGUGUCCCAGAAACUUGGAGCUCUGUUAUUUACCAGACAUUUGAAUCCAGUUAAAAUCAUUUCUCAUGCUGAGCCUCAGUCCAUGCUGUCCAUUUAUCAGAGGACCACACAUGUAUGAAAGAAAUGGAUGAUAAUCAGGCGGUUGUUAUUCAGCAUACUUGUGUUGAUCCACCAGAUGACUGGACCGGCGUCAUUUUCGGUAUAGGACAUCCAUUGGGGGGGAACAUUCCACCGAUAUCCUUGAUUCUGCACAUGCGCGAUGUUUGGCACCUUGUUUAGAGCUUUGAAGAUGGGUCUCGCUAGCAUUCUCCCUACUGAAAUCUGAUACUGAUAUCUGAGUUUUUGUAGUAAUAUGAAACGUUGCAUGUUCAGCACACUAGUUGUUGGGGCCGUAGCGUUGUUUUAGCUGUUAUUUGACACUUGAAUUCUAGUUUUAAACCUGUAUCUCUCAUCAGGUAUGUGAGUUAUUACAUCCCCAAAUAUUGGUUGCAAGUUUCUGCAUCCUUUGCUGUUA